AUAUUUUUAAACGACUGGAACUUAAGGAGGAAAAUUUUUCUGUAUUUGAAUCUGCAGCCAAACAAGAUAUGAACUGUUUAUGGGAGUUAGUACUUGAAGUGAAUGAUUUAUUGGUAUCUGAAGACACAUCUAAGAAACAUAUUGAAAAUAAGUCCUGUAUUCUUGAGUUCAUGAGUCAUUGUUGUCAUUCAAGAAUCUAUUUCUUUGAAAUCAGAAAGUGUCAAGUAGCUGAAACUGGUUGUGUGAUCUGUAAACUGCCAUGGAGUAAGCCUGAUGCAUUUUCAAAGUUACGACCCUUUUCCGACUCUAUUUCUAAAGCAAAUGAAGACUAUUAUAUGCCAUUUUAUGAAAUAUAUGGCAAAGAUACUACUGAAAAAUACCGACCAUCUUCACUUCAGAAAGCCAAUGCAUCUAAAUUAUCAUCAACCUUCAUAACUAUCAAUAGUCUUGGUAUUAAUGGUAUGGGUUUUAGUCCCCAGGCACAAUAUGCAGCAAAUAUGUGCAUUUUGGUUAAAUGCAUCGAGUGUAAUCGACCACAGGUUCUCUAUUCACAAUACCACCUAAAUCCAGAUGAGGAAAUUUUUCUUAAAAAUUUUAUAGAGACAAUAGAUUAUACAUGUGGUACAACAUUUUAUGGAAUAUCAGAUCUUGCAAAAGUCAACUCAUCUUCAUUUUUAAAUGAUGACAAUUGUAACACAGAAAAUGACUUGAUUGAACUUCAAGAUUGUAGUGAUCCUGAAAUUCUUUUGCCAAUCCCUGUUGGUCAACAGCUAUAUUGUUCUGAAUGUAAUACUAUAGUUAAAGCUAAAAAAAGAAAGGGCAAAG